AUGCAAGUACCUUCACAAGGUACCCACAUCUUUACAGAUGGUUCUAAACAGGAGGAAUGUGUAGGCAGUGCCUACAUCCACUACCAGGAUGGCCUGAUAGAACAAGAAUGGAAAGGUCGUUUGCAAAAUCACAACAGCAUCUUCCAAGCGGAGGUCCUGGCCAUCACAGCAGUAAUGCAGCACAUUGUCCAUAAUGAUCUAACUCAUGCCACACUUCAUACAGACAGCUACUCAACACUUCAAGCCCUUCAGAACCAUCAGCACAGAUCCCCACUAGUCAUCGCCCUUCAGCACCUCUUGCAGCAAAAUUCACAUAUGCACACGAGGCUGAUGUGGAUAAAAGCACAUGCCAACAACGAAGGCAAUGAGUCAGCAGAUCGUUUAGCCAAUCAGGCAGUAACCGACUCAAAUACACAGCAGAUCCACCUUCAAGCCCCACCUUCCUAUCUAAAGGGACAGCUCAGGAGUAAAGGGCUCCAAUGGCAGGAGGAAUGGAACCAUAGCACAACUGGCCGCCGCACCUACGAUUUCUUCCCCAAAGUCAGCACGGAUCGACACAUCGCAAUCGCUCCGCUGACACGAUAUAUCACGGGACACGGCCCAUUCCCCAGUUACUUCCAAAGGCACAACAGAUAUAUGCGUCAUAUCUCAUCAACAGAUAUAUGCGUCUGUGGAGCCCCAGGCAACCCAGACCACUAUCUUUUCACCUGCCAGCUGACAAAAGACCAUCACUUCCCAUGUCCAACCAUGAACAAAGAUGCGUACCACCGCUUUAUCAUCACUCACAAGCCAGCCAUAACCAAAAUCUGCAAAGCUAUCACUCAAAUCGGGGCAAUGGGCCAAGAUAUCUGCUCACCGCAAUAG